UGGGGCCGCCAGGCAUCCGAAGCAGCGAGUUGUGUGGCGACGCUGCGAUCUGGCCCAGCCAUGGACCGGAAGGUGGCUCGAGAGUUCCGGCACAAGGUGGAUUUUCUGAUUGAAAAUGAUGCAGAGAAGGACUAUCUGUAUGAUGUGCUGCGGAUGUAUCACCAAACCAUGGAUGUGGUCGUGCUUGUGGGAGACCUGAAGCUGGUCAUCAAUGAGCCUAGCCGCCUGCCGCUGUUUGACGCCAUCAGGCCCCUGAUCCCACUGAAGCACCAGGUGGAAUACGACCAGCUGACCCCCCGGCGUUCCAGGAAGCUGAAGGAGGUGCGUCUGGACCGUCUGCACCCUGAAGGCCUCGGCCUCAGUGUUCGUGGGGGCCUCGAGUUCGGCUGUGGGCUCUUCAUCUCCCACCUCAUCAAAGGGGGUCAGGCUGACAGUGUCGGCCUCCAGGUAGGGGAUGAGAUCGUCCGAAUCAACGGAUAUUCCAUCUCCUCCUGCACCCAUGAGGAAGUCAUCAACCUCAUCCGCACCAAGAAGACCGUGUCCAUCAAAGUGAGACACAUUGGCCUGAUUCCCGUGAAGAGCUCUCCUGAUGAACCCCUCAAAUGGCAGUAUGUGGAUCAGUUUGUGUCAGAAUCUGAGGGUGGGCGGAGCAGCCUGGGCUUCCCCGGCAGUCGGGAAAACAAGGAGAAGAAGGUCUUCAUCAGUCUGGUAGGAUCCCGGGGCCUUGGCUGCAGCAUUUCCAGUGGGCCCAUCCAGAAACCUGGCAUCUUUAUCAGCAACGUGAAGCCUGGUUCCCUGUCUGCUGAGGUGGGGCUGGAGACAGGGGACCAGAUUGUCGAAGUCAAUGGCAUCGACUUCUCCAACCUGGACCACAAGGAGGCCGUCAACGUGCUGAAGAGUAGCCGCAGCCUGACCAUCUCCAUUGUAGCUGGAGCUGGCCGAGAGCUGUUCCUGACAGACCGGGAGCGGCUGGAGGAGGCACGGCAGCGCGAGCUACAGCGGCAGGAGCUUCUCAUGCAGAAGCGGCUGGCAAUGGAGUCCAACAAGAUCCUCCAGGAGCAGCAGGAGAUGGAACGACAAAGAAAAAAAGAAAUUGCCCAGAAGGCAGCAGAGGAGAAUGAAAGAUACCGGAAGGAGAUGGAACAGAUUGUGGAAGAGGAGGAGAAGUUUAAGAAGCAGUGGGAAGAAGACUGGGGCUCAAAGGAACAGCUGCUCUCAUCUAAAACCAUCACCGCUGAGGUGCACCCAAUACCCCUUCGCAAGCCUAAGUCCUUUGGGUGGUUUUAUCGUUACGAUGGCAAAUUCCCAACCAUCCGGAAGAAAGGAAAGGAUAAGAAGAAAGCCAAGUAUGACAGCCUGCAAGAAUUGAGAAAGAAUAAGAAGGAACUAGAGUUUGAGCAAAAGCUUUACAAAGAGAAAGAGGAAAUGCUGGAAAAGGAAAAACAACUGAAAAUCAACCGACUGGCCCAGGAGGUGUCCGAGACAGAGCGGGAAGACCUUGAGGAAUCGGAAAAGAUUCAGUAUUGGGUGGAAAGGCUCUGUCAGACACGCCUUGAGCAGAUUUCCUCUGCUGAUAAUGAGAUUUCAGAGAUGACCACGGGGCCCCCGCCUCCCCCGCCUUCUGUGUCUCCCCUGGUCCCGCCCCUGAGACGCUUCGCAGGUGGGCUGCACCUCCACACCACUGACCUGGAUGACAUCCCCUUGGACAUGUUCUACUAUCCCCCCAAGACUACCUCGGCCUUGCCUGUGAUGCCCCACCCCCCACCCUCCAACCCAUCCCCCAAGAUCCCCGCGCCCCCUGUCCUUCCCUCAUCAGGCCGUGUGAGUGCCUCUUCUUCACCCUGGGUCCAACGCAAUCCACCCCCCAUUCCCAUCCCUCCCCCACCAUCUAUCCCCACCCAAGACCUGACUCCUACCCGCCCGCUACCCUCGGCACUGGAAGAGGCACUGGGCAACCACCCCUUCCGUGCUGGGGACACAGGAAAUCCAACAGAGGACUGGGAAGCAAAGAACCACAGUGGGAAGCCCACUAAUUCCCCUGUCCCUGAACGGAGCUUCCCACCCACCCCAAAGACAUUUUGCCCAAGCCCACAGCCUCCACGAGGCCCUGGCGUGUCCACCAUCUCCAAACCUGUCAUGGUCCACCAGGAGCCCAACUUCAUCUACAGGCCAGCUGUGAAAUCCGAGGUCCUGCCACAGGAGAUGUUGAAGAGGAUGGUGGUUUAUCAGACCGCGUUCAGACAAGAUUUCCGGAAAUAUGAGGAAGACUUUGACCCCUACUCUAUGUUCACCCCAGAGCAGAUCAUAGGGAAGGAUGUCCGCCUCCUGCGCAUUAAGAAGGAGGGAUCCUUAGAUCUGGCCCUGGAAGGCGGUGUGGACUCCCCGGUCGGAAAGGUGGUCGUCUCAGCUGUGUAUGAGGGGGGAGCUGCUGAGCGGCAUGGUGGCAUUGUGAAAGGGGAUGAGGUCAUGGCGAUCAAUGGCAAGAUUGUGACGGACUACACCCUGGCUGAGGCAGAGGCCACCCUGCAGAAGGCCUGGAGUCAGGGGGGCUUCUCCCCACAGGACUGGAUUGACCUCGUUGUUGCCGUCUGUCCCCCCAAGGAAUAUGAUGACGAGCUCUCUUCUCUUCCCUCCUCUGCAGCCGAAAGCCCCCAGCCGGUCCGAAAGUUCCUUGAAGACCAUGCUCCCGUGCAUAGACACAGGUUCCUCCUGCAGCUGGAGCCUGGCAGCCCCCCACGGUGAAUAGGCAGGCGGGCUACAGGG